AUGAAGAUUGCAGACUGCGGUCAGCGUCCAAUAGGCGAUUCUCAACGAAAGCCCAACAGGCGACAACGGGGAAAACCAACGGAGCCGACGAUACACGCGUGGAUACAGAAAAAACUUCAAGUAACAGAAUCGGACAUGUCGGCAGCAGGAACAGCAAAGCUUGUAAGCCAGCGAGAGGAGGGCGCGACAAACUCCGGGAAGCAAUAG